GUCAUUCAGCUUUUUUUUCCUACUGAACCUUUUUAAGUUUGCCGAAGACGUACAAAACCGAAAUUAAAUAACGUGCUUGGCAGAAUGGAUCUGUUGACAAUAUUACGGUCACUUGUCAUUGCACUUCUUGUUACGAGGAUCGAAGGUGUCAAGCAUCAACAAAGUGGCCCUCAUCAGACCACUCCACAUUAUCAAAAAUGUAAGUAUGGACUGCAUGGCGCAGAUAAGGGUAUCCCUACAUUAUGUCAUAAAUACCGACAAAGCUGCCCUAGAGGAUACAACUGUAUACAAACAUUUCACAAUCAGUCCGGCUAUUGCUGUAAAGAAACAAACCCAUGUAAAUUUGGACAGCCUUUUCGGGUUAAUGGAGAAACCCUAAACUGCCGUCAGUAUGGUGUAAAGCAAUGUUCUAAAGGUUACCAGUGUGUUGGAACAACAGAAACAUCUACUGUUUGUUGUCAAGUCCAUACAAAUGAUGUAAAUAUUCCAAAUAGUUGUCUUAGAUGUCAUGGAUCGCCAUUUAAAGAUUCCAUUGAUCUCAGUGAACCUGAGAACCCGCCACCUUUUCAUGAUCUAACAAGUGAGGAAAUUAAAGCAAUUUUCAAAUUCAUGUUCGCACAAAAAAGUUUAAAUUUGACAAUGCAGAGUGAGGCAACUUUGUCUUCAAACUACAUUUACACCAUGGAAUUAAUUCUUCCUAAAAAGAAGUACAUCGAAAUUAAUCAUCACAGACAAUUGAAACGGAAAGCGUUGGUCACUGUAUUUCAUGGAGGAAAAGUGAAUCCUAUUGUAGCAGAGUACUGUGUAGAGUUAGCUCCACGUCCAAGAUUUUGUGGAAUACCUAAGUACAUCCCAUUUUCCUUCAGACCACCAACAAAUACAGAAACAUCAGCAGCUAUUGAGGUUCUCAUAGCGGAGACUAACAGGCUAGCAGGGGAUAUUUUGUUUGAGAGUUUUGAGGGUUCUCUAGUGAACUGUAGAAACAGGUGUCUAGGGUUUCAAAUGAUUAUUCCUUAUGCUGCAAUAAUUUCGGAAAUUCGAGAUGAAGGAUUUCGAGGUUUCUGGUUUCCUUUUUUUCAAAGAAGACGCCCAAGUACCCCAAAUCCUGUUGAUUUUGUUGUUCUUGUCACCAUUAAUGGGACGGCUACACCACAGACUGCAGAUGUAUGGUACAAUGGCCAACUGUUUGAUUCGCUUCAAUCAUUUAGAAAGGCUUGGUUAAGAGGAAUGGUGAAAAAACUUCACGUGAGUUUCCCCUCAGACCCACUAGCAUCUGAAGUGUUUCCUAGACAUCCACAAAGGCCUCCAACACAAGCAGAACCGGACGGAAAACGUUACUCAAUUAAAGGUCAGUCAGUUCACUACAUGAACUGGGAGUUUCAGUUUGGAGUAUCACCCACUCAUGGUCCUCAGCUUUUCCAAAUAAAAUUCAAAAAAGAAAUGAUAGUUUAUCAGUUAGGUCUCUCAGAAAUGACAGUUUUCUAUUCGUCAUCGGAACUAUUUGGUAGAUUUGCCAAUUUUUUUGACAGCCUAGCUUUGAUUGGAAACAGAAUUCAGACAUUAGUUCCGGGAGUUGAUUGCCCAACUCACGCAACUUUUGCCGAUUCAAAGUUUAUGUCGGAAACUUCAGAUAUGUCAGUGAUAAAAAGGAACUCAACAUGCGUAUUCGAACAUAAUACUGGAAUACCACUGAGACGACAUUAUAUAGCAGACGACUAUCCAUCUGGUUAUUACGAAGGUGCACCCAAUAACGUGCUUGUUCUCCGAAUGAUUUUUACUCUUGCAAACUAUGACUAUAUUUAUGACUUUAUAUUCUACAACAAUGGAGCAAUGGAGACUAAAGUAACAACAACAGGGAUAGUUUUGCCGUCCUACGUCCAGGACAGUUAUAAAUAUGGCUUCCAGAUAAACGAACAAGCUACAGGCAUGCUUCAUCAUCACAUGUUUAAUUUUAAGGUAGAUCUUGACAUUGGUGGCACAAAAAACAGCUACUCCACAUACGAUAUACGUGAAGAAAGUGUUCCAAACCAAUAUCUAAAGGGAAGGUAUCCCCAAAAAUGGCUCCAAACUAAAAUUAUUAAAGUAGAUUAUGCCACGGAGAGAGAAGCCGCUUUUAGAUAUGAUAUUAGCCAAUCCCGAUAUCAU